AUGCGCGGGCGCAACCCAGAGGGCAUCGUGUCGUACUCUAUGCCUCGCGGGCACAAGCGCAGCAACGGCGCGGAGCUGUCGGACGCGUGGUACGACGGGUCGUGGGGCGAGUGGCUGCGGGGCGGGCUCGGUCAGCUGGUGGACGGCCGGUUCGGCGGCGACGACAUCCGCGAGGCGGCGCGGCAGCCCGCAUGGGUCGGCUGGCGGUCCGACUCGCCGACGUCGCCGACGUCGCCCCCGCCCGAUAUCACAUUCGAGUUCGACAAAGUGAGGGAGUUCAGCGCUGUACACAUACACUGCAACAACCGGUUCAUGCGGGACGUACAGGUGUUCUCGGAGGCGGUGAUCUCGUUCUCGGUGGGAGGGCAGCACUUCCAGGAGGACUCGAUCCACUACACCCCGGAGCCGGACCAUAUCUUUGAGAACAGCCGCAACGUCACCAUCAAAUUGCACCACCGUAUCGGCCGAUGGGUGCGGAUACAGCUGAGGUUCGCCGCCAGGUGGAUACUGAUCAGCGAGGUCGUCUUCGACAGCGACGUCGCCCAAGGGAACUACUCAGCGGAAAGUUUAAAACCGUUGGGCAAAGACAGGACAAAAGCUACCACUAGCAAGGAGGCUCCAGUAUCGACAGCUAGACAAGACGACCCCCUGUAUUUGGCCAUAGUGGUGGGUGUGCUGACGGCUCUGGUUAUAUUGCUGCUGGUGGCCGUGUCGCUGGCGGUGCAUCGCCACCGGCACCGGAAGUGUUUCGCGUCACCGUUGGCCCGCCACGAGCCGCGUCCGGCGCCGGACAAGCCGGAGGUCAAGUGCGACGAUUACCAGGAGCCGUAUCAGCCGCUCAAGUGCGCGCCGUACUUCGGCUACAGCACUGUGCUACUAGAAAUGAAGGAUUUCGUCAAGGAUUCUAAUACUGCGCUAUCAGACAGCAGUAACUACGAGUACGCGGUGCCCGAGGUGAGCUCUGAGCCGCUGUUGUCGCGGCGCGCGGGCAGCGAGCCGCCCCCGCCCCCCGCGCCCGUGGACUCGCUCGGUCGGUGCUCCGCCCCGGGCUCGGAGGCGGUGACAGAACUCCAGCGGCGGCUGCAGACCGCGAGCGUGGCGGAGUUCCCGCGGCAUCGGCUCAGGAUGAUCUCCAAACUGGCGGAGGGAGCUUUCGGCACAGUGUAUGUUGCCGAAGCGGAUGGUGUUCCCGAGUAUGACGGCACGGUGACAGCGGAAAAGCGGCUCGUAGCCGUCAAGUUCCUCUGUCACGACGCUACCGCCAAAGAGAGGGAGGACUUCGAGCGCGACGUGCGCGUGCUCGCGGCGCUGUCGUGCCCGCAGCUGGCGCGCGUGGUGGGCGCGUGCCGGUCGCCCCCGCUGGCGGUGGUGCUCGAGUACCUGGAGGGGGACCUGUGCGCGUACCUGCGCGCGGCCACCGCCGCCGCCGCCACCACGCCGCCGCCGCGGGCGCUGGCGCGCAUCGCCACGCAACUGGCCGCCGGCAUGAAGUACCUAGAGUCGUUGAACUUUGUGCACAGAGACCUCGCCGCCAGGUUAAUAAAUUUUAUUUACGAAAUUUCCCACUAAAACGCCAUCUUUUGUCAUUGCGUUCCAAUGUCAUUAUGUACAUCUAAAACUAACUAAUAUAAGAAAAAUACCAUUAUGGUGCAAAUAUUGCAAAUAUUUUAACCGAUUAUAGCAGUCGGCUGCCGAUCGAAUCCAGUCUUGAACAUCAAAAAACUUAUGAACAUCCUGAUAGGCAAAGGGUACCAGAUAAAGAUAAGCGACUUCGGCACGGACAACGAGACGUACGCGGGCGACUACUACCGCGCGGGCGGCGACGCGGCGGUGCCGCUGCGGUGGGCCGCGUGGGAGAGCGUGCUGCGCGGCCGGUACUCGACGCGCAGCGACGUCUGGGCGUUCGCGGUCACCCUGCACGAGAUAUACACGUACUGCCGCAGGCGGCCGUACGAACCGAUGACGCACCAACAGGUAUGUACAUGCACGCACCACACACACACACACACACACGCACGCACGCACGCACGCACGCACGCACGCACACACACACACACACACACGCACGCACACACGCACGCACACACACACACACACACACACACACAUACACACACACACACACAUACACACACACACGCACAUAGUUUUUUAAACUAAUCAAAAUGCAGUAAAGUGUGUUGUUACUGCGUAUUCAACAGUCUUAUUAUUAUUAUUCUUACUAGAGCUUAUUCGUCCCUCAAAGGCGCGCUUGUAGCUCCUCUGGUGUUGCAGUUGUCCAUGGGCGGCUGUAAUCACUCACCAUCAGGUGAUCCGUCUGCUCGACUGCCCCCUAUUCUAUAAAAAAAAAAAUAGUAUAAGUGGUCAAAAUUCUUUCAAAGAAAACUGUUGCUGGUCGUAGAAAUAAAUGAAUAGUAUUUUUUAUAGGGCUUUCGGGCAAUAUGGAAACUCAAAAAGGCAAAGGACAACGUUCAAAAUAACCCAGGCUCGGCGGAAAGGAAAUGUUACUCAUAUUAA